AUGUCGCGUGACGCAGAGGCUUUCUAAAUAUAAAAUUCAAACGCGUUUUAUCACAAACUUAAAUUCCUAUCCAGCGGGAAAAAAAAGAUCAUAAAGAGUGUUUAGAAGGGGUAAGAUUCCACAAAACUAAAUGUCAGAAGGAUUGAAAAAAUUUUGACAUGCAAACUGGCAGGUGAGUAAGAAAUUUUUUACUGAACAGUUGAUCAUUAUUUAGGUGAAUUUAUUAUGUUAAAGAUUAUAGGCUUUCUCAGAAAAUCACGUGGCUUUCCAAGAAUCAAAAGGCAGGGAGAAACCGUCAUGCGUGAACGACUUAACCAAUAGCUAUGCAGUAUUGAACAGCUUCAGCCAAUCAACGAACAAAUUGACCAUCGCAAACAGGGUCUCUUCAUUUUCAUUGUUACCGCUCUGUUGACAAGCCAGUUGUUUUGAGGUUUUGCUGGAGGGAAUAACUAGAUUUCAUCAGCGUCGCCCAGAAAUAUGGAAGAGGAUAUUCCGGAAACUGAAAGCGGUGGAGCACUCGAAGAAGUAAACAGCCACAUCAAAGCACUCUUCGAAAUUCUCAACAGCGAGACAAUCAAAGUUCGCAAGGAAAUGAAAGCUUUCGAUACAAUGGCGAAAAAGCUCAAGCACGUUCAUUUCUCUAAAACGUUGAAGCUUAACGUCGGCGGCCAGUUAUUCUCCACCAGUUUGGAAACCAUGAAGAAGGAUCCAGGUAAUUCAGCUCCAUGCAUGUCUUUGUGCGUGCGUCCACCUUUGAAGUCUAUAACUCUUUUAAUAAGACCUUCAAGUUUUAGAAUUAUGAUUUUGGAAGAGGCGUCUGGAGUGUGCCUUUUUUAUGCGUGUUUCCACUUCCAAAAGCGCAAGCGAUGUGUUUUCUCAGUUCGCCAAAAGAACUGAAACAAGACGCGAUAUGUUAGGUGCCAUAGAAUUUUUAGUCUUAAAAUAAUGCAGAUAUUUUGAUUUUCUUUCUCAGGUUCCAUGUUGCACGCCAUGUUUUCAGGCCGAUUCAUAACGAGCCGCACCGUCUUAGCAACCAAAAAAAUUUUGUUUAUCAAGCUGAGAUAGGGGACUAAAAGUCCCCUAUCUCAGCUGGAUACUCAGAAGCUUGUAACAUUCACUAUUCCAUUUAUCUCUGAUCAUAUUUCGCAUCUAAUACGAUAGAGGCGUCAAUUUUCGCGCCAUCAUGUCAUCAUUCUAGGACGAGAAAUUUAAUUAAAGCGCGGCAUUCAACAAAUGUACGGCUCAAGUUUCGGCUAAAAUUAUUCAGUGCCGUCAAAGAAAAAAACAUAUUAUUAAGGUCUGCGUAUAAAGUCGAUCACAUUGCUAACACAGACAAAAACGCUUAAAUAUCUCCUACAAAAUGAACGGCUGAGUUUGUUUUUUCUACGGGUCAAACUGCUACUAUAUAUCCCAGAAGCGCUCAGGCAUAAUAAUAUGUCAGGACUUCUACCUGGAUGAACCAGAAAGGAUAUAGAACAACUACCUAUUUUUUUUCUUUUUACGGCUACGGGUCGAAAUGCUAAACGUGUUAUAUAUCCUAGAAGCGCUCAGGCAUGAUAAUAUGCCAGGACUUCUACCUGGAUGAACCAGAAAGGAUAUAGAACAACUGCCUAAUUUUUUUUUUACGUUUACGGGUUGAAAUGCUAAACGUGUUAUAUAUCCUAGAAGCGCUCAGGCAUAAUAAUAACAUGCCAGGACUUCUACCUGGAUGAACCAGAAAGGAUAUAGAACAACUGCCUAAUUUUUUUUUUACGGCUACGGGUUGAAAUGCUAAACGUGUUAUAUAUCCUAGAAGCGCUCAGGCAUAAUGAUAUCAUGCCAGGACUUCUACCUGGAUGAAAAGGAAAGGAUAUAGAACAACUGCCUAAAUUUUUUUUUACGGCUACGGGUCGAAAUGCUAAACGUGUUAUAUAUCCUAGAAGCGCUCAGGCAUAAUGAUAUCAUGCCAGGACUUCUACCUGGAUGAACCAGAAAGGAUAUAGAACAACUACCUAAUUGUUUUUUACGGCUACGGGUUGAAAUGCUAAACGUGUUAUAUAUCCUAGAAGCGCUCAGGCAUAAUAAUAUGCCAGGACUUCUACCUGGAUGAACCAGAAAGGAUAUAGAACAACUGCCUAAAUUUUUUUUUAAAGCUACGGGUUGAAAUGCUAAAGGUGUUAUAUAUCCUAGAAGCGCUCAGGCAUCAUGAUAUCAUGCCAGGACUUCUACCUGGAUGAACCAGAAAGGAUAUAGAACAACUGCCGAAAUUUUUUUUUACGGCUACGGGUCGAAAUGCUAAACGUGUUAUAUAUCCUAGAAGCGCUCAGGCAUAAUGAUAUCAUGCCAGGACUUCUACCUGGGUGAACCAGAAAGGAUAUAGAACAACUACCUAAUUGUUUUUUACGGCUACGGGUUGAAAUGCUAAACGUGUUAUAUAUCCUAGAAGCGCUCAGGCAUAAUGAUAUCAUGCCAGGACUUCUACCUGGAUGAACCAGAAAGGAUAUAGAACAACUGCCUAAUUUUUUUUUUACGUUUACGGGUUGAAAUGCUAAAGGUGUUAUAUAUCCUAGAAGCGCUCAGGCAUAAUAAUAACAUGCCAGGACUUCUACCUGGAUGAACCAGAAAGGAUAUAGAACAACUGCCUAAAUUUUUUUUUACGGCUACGGGUUGAAAUGCUAAACGUGUUAUAUAUCCUAGAAGCGCUCAGGCAUAAUGAUAUCAUGCCAGGACUUCUACCUGGAUGAAAAGGAAAGGAUAUAGAACAACUGCCUAAAUUUUUUUUUACGGCUACGGGUCGAAAUGCUAAACGUGUUAUAUAUCCUAGAAGCGCUCAGGCAUAAUGAUAUCAUGCCAGGACUUCUACCUGGAUGAACCAGAAAGGAUAUAGAACAACUACCUAAUUGUUUUUUACGGCUACGGGUUGAAAUGCUAAACGUGUUAUAUAUCCUAGAAGCGCUCAGGCAUAAUAAUAUGCCAGGACUUCUACCUGGAUGAACCAGAAAGGAUAUAGAACAACUGCCUAAAUUUUUUUUUAAAGCUACGGGUUGAAAUGCUAAAGGUGUUAUAUAUCCUAGAAGCGCUCAGGCAUCAUGAUAUCAUGCCAGGACUUCUACCUGGAUGAACCAGAAAGGAUAUAGAACAACUGCCGAAAUUUUUUUUUACGGCUACGGGUCGAAAUGCUAAACGUGUUAUAUAUCCUAGAAGCGCUCAGGCAUAAUGAUAUCAUGCCAGGACUUCUACCUGGGUGAACCAGAAAGGAUAUAGAACAACUACCUAAUUGUUUUUUACGGCUACGGGUUGAAAUGCUAAACGUGUUAUAUAUCCUAGAAGCGCUCAGGCAUAAUGAUAUCAUGCCAGGACUUCUACCUGGAUGAACCAGAAAGGAUAUAGAACAACUGCCUAAUUUUUUUUUUUACGUUUACGGUUGAAAUGCUAAAGGUGUUAUAUAUCCUAGAAGCGCUCAGGCAUAAUAAUAACAUGCCAGGACUUCUACCUGGAUGAACCAGAAAGGAUAUAGAACAACUGCCUAAAUUUUUUUUUACGGCUACGGGUUGAAAUGCUAAACGUGUUAUAUAUCCUAGAAGCGCUCAGGCAUAAUGAUAUCAUGCCAGGACUUCUACCUGGAUGAAAAGGAAAGGAUAUAGAACAACUGCCUAAAUUUUUUUUUACGGCUAUAGGUCGAAAUGCUAAACGUGUUAUAUAUCCUAGAAGCGCUCAGGCAUAAUGAUAUCAUGCCAGGACUUCUACCUGGAUGAACCAGAAAGGAUAUAGAACAACUACCUAAUUGUUUUUUACGGCUACGGGUUGAAAUGCUAAACGUGUUAUAUAUCCUAGAAGCGCUCAGGCAUAAUAAUAUGCCAGGACUUCUACCUGGAUGAACCAGAAAGGAUAUAGAACAACUGCCGAAAUUUUUUUUUACGGCUACGGGUCGAAAUGCUAAACGUGUUAUAUAUCCUAGAAGCGCUCAGGCAUAAUGAUAUCAUGCCAGGACUUCUACCUGGAUGAACCAGAAAGGAUAUAGAACAACUGCCUAAUUGUUUUUUACGGCUACGGGUUGAAAUGCUAAACGUGUUAUAUAUCCUAGAAGCGCUCAGGCAUAAUGAUAUCAUGCCAGGACUUCUACCUGGAUGAACCAGAAAGGAUAUAGAACAACUGCCUAAAUUUUUUUUUUACGGCUACGGGUCGAAAUGCUAAACGUGUUAUAUAUCCUAGAAGCGCUCAGGCAUAAUGAUAUCAUGCCAGGACUUCUACCUGGAUGAACCAGAAAGGAUAUAGAACAACUGCCUAAUUGUUUUUUACGGCUACGGGUUGAAAUGCUAAACGUGUUAUAUAUCCUAGAAGCGCUCAGGCAUAAUGAUAUCAUGCCAGGACUUCUACCUGGAUGAACCAGAAAGGAUAUAGAACAACUGCCUAAAUUUUUUUUUACGGCUACGGGUUGAAAUGCUAAACGUGUUAUAUAUCCUAGAAGCGCUCAGGCAUAAUGAUAUCAUGCCAGGACUUCUACCUGGAUGAACCAGAAAGGAUAUAGAACAACUGCCUAAUUGUUUUUUACGGCUACGGGUCGAAAUGCUAAACGUGUUAUAUAUCCUAGAAGCGCUCAGGCAUAAUGAUAUCAUGCCAGUAAUUUCUACCUGGGUGAACCAGAAAGGAUAUAGAACAACUACCUAAUUGUUUUUUACGGCUACGGGUUGAAAUGCUAAACGUGUUAUAUAUCCUAGAAGCGCUCAGGCAUAAUAAUAUCCCAGGACUUCUACCUGGAUGAACCAGAAAGGAUAUAGAACAACUGCCUUUUUUUUCUACUCGUCGAAGUUCUAAACGUGUUAUUCUUAGAAGCGCUCAGGCUUAAUAAUAUGCCAGGUUUCCAGCGACUGAUUUUAGCUGAUUUUGCGGUGCGCAAGAAUGGAUAAUUUACCCGACUUGUAAACAGAUAUUUCCUUCAGCCGAUUGUGUCUCAUGCAGGAGAAUGUCAUGUCUGCGUUGUUUUGUUUCUACUGAAGUUUUAUCAAAGAAAGCUUAAGCGAAAAUAGGAAGAUCGCAAUUUAUACUCUUACGAACUAUAAAUUAGGGCUGACCUGGAAGACGCGUUGAAUUGUGCCGCCAUCCUUCAAAAUAUAACCUGGCUGCGUUUAGGGAGACAAUUUCCUCUUCCAUCCAGAUGUACUUGGUAUAUGUGUUUGCGCGAAUCUUCAGACAAAGAAUUGGGUAUACACUGAUUCGAAUGGCUUGGCGAUGCUAAGUGCUUAAGUCUACUUACCGAUUACAACAUGUUUUGGAAGUAUUGAGAAGCGCGCCAAACGAAGUUGUCACAGCGUUCUCGAGCGAACACGGCGCGACCUGGAUUGAUAAAAAUUACCAUUACAUGCAGGUAUCAUGCCAGUGAUAUCUCCUUUCGUAGCAUAGUGAAUAGUUUGUGAGCACAUCCUCGACUCUCGAAACAUUUGUCUUGCGCCGCUAUAGAAGUUGCUUCUCCCGCGAACCAUAGGUAGAUUUCCCGCUUAACAUAAUGUUUGAUAAUUUAUGCAAAAGUUGACCUCGUGGAAGUCAGCAGUGCAUUAAUCGACUCAAAAAUAAACAGACUUCCUACAGGGUUUUGAACACGGUUUUAAUUAAAGUACUUUACGAGCGCUGCGGUAGUUGACCGCAAAAGUGUUACGGUGAUGGAUACUCAACGGGAUGAUUACGUCACUUCAUAGCAACCAGACGGUACGAAUUUUUUAACUUCCGGAGCGCUGAGGCUCGUAGUGGAUUCAAAGCCUGCUGAAGACGGAUCUUACUUCAUUGAUCGCGACGGAACUCACUUCCGUUAUAUCCUGAACUAUCUUCGAACAGGACAGCUUGUUGUUCCAGAAGACAAGAUCGUUCGCAAGGAGCUGUUAACUGAAGCUGAGUUCUAUCAAGUCCAAGGAAUUAUCGACGAACUAAAGGCCUUUCCCUUUGAAGAUUCCAGCAUUUUGUCCACGGAACAGCGUCAAAUACUGACUAAAUGGUUGAAAAACAAGCUGACAAGUCCCAGUUGCACUUAUACCCUGAAAUAUCGCGCUUCACGUGAUGGCUGGGGAGCCUCUAACUUCCAUUCUCGCUGUGAUCGCAAAGGACCAACCGUGACCGUUGUAAGAAGUAGUGGGAAUUACAUUUUUGGAGGCUACACAGAGCAACACUGGGAAUGUAAGUUUACUGAAAUUUUUAUGUUUUUGUGGGAAAUCGUGUCUUCGGACGAAUAUUAAGCCUCUUCAGACUGGACUAUUAUUAUGUUUUUCAUUUUAUUACUUUAUUAUUUUUGGUUCCCAUCGACCGAGGUGGGGUUGGAUUGUUCGGAGGCCCUCGUGUAUAGCUUUAAAACUUUCUCAUGAUCAUGGCUAGCAAUUGAAAAUUACACAGAAUAAGGCGUCUAUAAUUUUUAGUAAGACGAGAGUCACUUUUUAGAGAGACUUAUGCCACUGUAACUUAACGCUAUAACGUUAGAAAUAAAGUCAGUCAAAGAUUUGGUAGUGUACUAUAAUAUACUUUUCAAUGCCAAUUUCAAUGUCGUCAGUGAGAUUAGUGAGAGGUAACUUAGUUUGUAUCAAUUCAGCAUCUCUGAAGCCGUCUAUUGUGACUGCACUCUCUCUUUCUCUUAUUUUAAAUAGCAACUUCGUCUGGGAUAUACAAGAAAGAUCCAAACUCCUUUCUCUUCAGCCUUGUCAAUCCAAAUGGCUUAAAACCGACCAAGAUGGCUCUGAUACUAGGGAAAGAAGAAUCUGCCAUUUACUGUAGUAGUGGCAACUUUCCGAUUUUUGGCAGCAGCAACAGUGGGUAUUUUGACCUUUCACUUGGAAAUUCACCCAGUUCCUCGAAUACUUGUUCGUCAAACCUUAACAACUCGUACCGCUGCCCAGAAGGUCAGAGCUAUAAUACUUUUCUUGCUGGUAAUUAUGUUUUUUAUGUAAGCGAAAUCGAAGUUUUCGCCUUUGAAAAGUGAGAGAACUGAUCUGAAAAGUAAUUUGACAUGAUAAGUUCAGUUGUGAUAUGCCUUUAAAGUAUUAUUCUUCCGAUAAAAUGCUAUAAAAAUGUAAAAUCUACAAAUAAAGCAUCUAAAGAAUAAAGCUAGCUUUAAAGGGGAAGAAUCUGCAUCACUGUGUCAUUUUAACGCGUUCUACCGGACAACUAGCUUACUGAAUCAAGAGGCUGACCACAUAUUUAAGUUCUUAACAUGGCUAUAAAUACUCAUCAUUAACAGUUCUUUUUUCAGCGUUUGGUCUGUUGAAUGAGACAAAAUAUCCAAAGAGAAAAGGCUGAGUUCCCAAAAAACCUUUUAGUAGCUACAGGGGGUGAGGGAGUGAUAUUUUAAAAAUAUAAAUUGAAAACGUUUAACUGGAUACCCUUAGUAAAACGAUCUAAAAUGAUUAUCUCUUUGCUACUGAUUUCCUCUUUCGGCCUGUCAGCACGAAUAAAGCGUCCACAUUAUGGUUUCUGUCGACGUAUAUAAUACCUGACGUAGCCAAGAAAUUUGAUUUGUUUUGUUUGCUACUGUUUGCUUGCUGUUUGUUUUGUUUUUAAGGGGAUUGCGGAGACCGAGGCUACACUAGCCUGCGAGCAAGCUCUCCUGUUUGGGCGAGUGAAACAGGUCUCGCGAGAACGCGCGGGGCUCGCUUCGCUUGCCCAAAUAGGAGAGCUUGCGCGCAGGCUAAGGCUACACCCUUUCAGUUUUUAAGGUGAUUCCAUAGUAAAAGAACCUAACAUAGAUUUUAGCUAAAACUUGGUACACUGAUGUAACAAGUCAAGAAGAUGAUAAAAACGUAAUAAAAAGUGGGGGUCACCGUGCUCGUUUUGACGUCACAAUGCUGACAAAUACGGCUAUUUAGGACCCUUUUACAAAAACCGCGGGCAGCGCAAAACUAGACAAAAAGGAGAGAUUUUUUCGAUGAUGCAUGUGACAUCACACAGAAUUUGACUUUAAUGUAUUGUUAAUCCACUUACGUACCAGAAAAAUGCCUUUUAAUGCCCUUGUUUUUACUUUACGCUCCAAAGUAGAAUAAGAUUGGACGCGCGCUUUUCGACCAGUGAUGGCUCAAUCCGUACAAUUUAGUAAAAUUGCCAAAAAACUGAACAUAGAUUUGUGCCAAUUUUUUUCUCAUCGAAAGGAAGCACUGUCCUUAUUAAAAUCAUGAAAUAAAAAAUGGGGGUCACCGUACUCGUUUUUGCGGUAGAGCUGCAGAAAGUGCGCACCAAACGCAUUUUCUCCGAUUUUUGAGAGAGGACUGGGGCGAGUUUCAAAAUAGAAUGUAUGUGAAAGGGGGAAGAAAGUAUUAAAAAAUCCGUUUUUACAGAAUUUACAUCGAGAUAUCACAUUUAGGACACAAUGUGAUAAAGAAAGUGUCUAAAUGAAAAUCAAAGUGAGUAAGCACAAGUUAAACAUCCACUAUCGAGGUUCUCCGAGAGGAGGUCGAACUCAGCAACACGCGUACUGCUUACGUUAUGCACAUUCCCAACACAUUGAGUCUCACCUCGGCAAGAAACAACAGCAAGCAAAAAUUCCAAUAGCGUUUCUUUUCAGUCAACUCCAUUUUAAUAAUAUUACUUCACAUCCUUUUUUUUACGACGGCCAUCUUGUUAUGCGCAGUAAGAGAUGCGCAGUGCAAAACUAGGGAAUCACCUUAACAACGAAUGUCACUAAGGAUUGAGCAAAAUUGGAAAUGGUCAAACAAAACCUUCCCUCAUACUUUGUGUGUAGUUAGUACUUCAGAUGAAACUACUCACUGUGGCAUUUUGUUUAAGAAAAAACCUGCACUGGGUAUCAGGGGGGAAGUUUGGGCCAAAAAUUGCAUUUUUGGAACAAUUUUCUCCUGGAAAAUUGUAGUUUUGUGGGGUGAAUAUUUCAGAAAGAAGACUAACAGUUAAAAAUCUGUUUACAUGAUAGCAAGCGGGGGGGCGAAAGGUUUUUUGACAUGGCUUAAAAAUAGACAUUUUUGAAAAUAUUUUUUCCUUACUAGCACUCCGAUUUAGAUGAAAAUUGAAACAGAAUGUAAAUAUUUCACCCUUUGUGAACCAUUUCAUGCUUAAAAGUCCGCGGGUACUCGAUACAUUUUCGCAUGCCAAUCAAAUGAAAAUGUAUAGCUGAGACAAAAUAGUAAAUUUUAGCAACUUUCUGUUCGCCGCUAUCUUUCUUUUGAAUAAUAAAAGUAUAAAAUAAUGGGGCGGUGUUAGGCAAGAACGUUGGAUGGUUACAUACAAAAAUACAUAGCUACUUUACUGUUACCUCCCCAAAGGGGCUUUUCAGGAACAAUGAUUAUAUUACAUUAUUUAUAACAACUAAUUACAACACUUUAUCUAAUACUAAUUACAAUGUUUUAAACUUAACAAAGAAGUAUUUACAAAAUUAUCUAAAAGCUGGCUCCUUAAGGAACGUUUAAAAAUUUCAACAGAUGGGCUUAACUUAAGAAAUUGUUCCAAAGUUUAACAGUCCUGUAAUAAAAGGUUCUCUGUCCGGGGGGAGUUCUGAAAAGAGGGAUGUUUAGGUUUUGGCUACUCCGAGUUGUUCGUUCGCUAACUUGCUUACGGGUAAUAAAUUGGGAUGUAAGAUAUUCAGGGGUUUGACCGGUCAUGCAUUUGAAGGCCAUAAUAUAGCUUGGCGAUAGUACAGUUGGUCCAUAACAGGCAACCAAGACAGGCUUUUUAAGAGGGGUGUUACAUGAUCAUAUUUUUCGCACCGCUGACGAUUCGGCAAGUUUUGAACGGCCUGCAAUUUUAUAACAUUCUUAUUUGUCGUAUUUGCCCAAACAUUCGAACAGUAGUACAUUUGCUGUAGACUAAGGCAUGUAUUACGGUUAACAACGUAUUUUUGUCUAAGCAAUGUUUGACCCGGUUAAUUUUCGCUAAACGCGCGAUACAUUCCGACACUGAGGUCGUUAUAUGGUUAUCAAAUGUUAAGUUCGGAUCCAAAAUCACGCCAAUAUCUCUCGCUGAUUGCACUGGGGAAAUGUCCUUUCCCAACAAUGACAAGUGAAAUUCAUGGAGCUUAGAGGUCAUCUUUCGGCUCCCGAAAACAAUUAAUUUUGUCUUGUCUGGAUUUAGUGGUAGCCGAUUUGCGAAGCACCAGUUGCGCACCUGCAGCCGAGAUCAUCAUUCAUUUCUGGGACAAUCCUUUGGGAGUCGUGUAAAUUAAAAGAAACAAACAGUUUUGUAUCGUCUACAUAACAUUCUGUAGAGCCAUGCCUUGGAACUUCUGGUAGAUCAUUUACAUAUAUGCUAAAUAAUAGGGGGCCUAGGAUACUCCCUUGAGGAACGCCCCAUUCAACUGGAACAGGAUCAGAAUUCGUACAACUUGAUGUCUAUUUGUAAGGUAGCUGUUAAACAAUUUUAGGGCGCUGGUUGUGGGGCCGACGCUUUGUAUUUUACGUAACAAUAUUUGGUGGUCAACGCUGUUGAAGGCUUUACUCGUUUCUAAAAGCACGCAGGCAGUCAAUUUCUUAUCACCAAUUCCUUUGAGAAAUGCAUCAGUUGUGUGAAUUAAAGAUGUCUCAGUAGAGAAACAUUUUUUGUUGCCGCUUUGUUUUGUGGUAAGCCUUUCCUCGGUUGUCAAAUAGGUGACACCCUGAUUAUAAGCCACUCUCUCGCAAACCUUUGACAAUGCAGGUAGCAGGGAAAUCGGUCUGUUAUUGUUAGGAAGUUCGUGGUUGCCUUGUUUGGGAAUAGGUGUAAUUUCGGCAGUUUUCCAGACCUCUGGGAAUGUUGAAGCUAAGAGAGAAGCAUUGAUGAUUGACGUAAUAAAAGGGAGUGUGAUCAACAGGCUGUCCUUAAGGACUCGAGUUGGCACUUUGUCAAUCCCAGGAGCCUUAUUAGAAGGCAUUGCGUUCAUGACGUCCGCGACUUGUUUACAAUCAACAUAAUUAAAUGUAAAUUGCUCAGUAGUGGGAAAACAUUUUGGAGUAAAAGCGUUUUCGUGAAGAACGAAGUUGUGCUCUUCAGCCAAAGAUCCAGAUUGUCCAACUGAUGCAAAAAAAGUUGUUAAAAUCAUCCGCCACGGUCUUGUCAUCUUUGCUACAUACUUUUGGGGUGACAGAUCUUUUAGGGAGACAAAGGCGAAUUGCCUUCCAAAUACAAUUUGUAUUUCGUGGAUUGUUUUGAAUCUGAUCCUUGACAAAUUCGCUCUCCGCUGCUCUUAUUAACUUUCUCACUUCGUGUUUAAGGUUUGUGUGAGUAGACCAGUCAGCGGAAUUAUUAGUUCUGCGUGCUCUCUUGCGCCAAUAGUUCCUAGAUUUCAUAGUUAUGCAAGGACUUGGCUUUCCGCGAACUUAAAUUAAUUGAUCUGAUCGGAGCAUGGUGGUCAAGAAUCUCACUGAAAAGAAGAUCAAAUGCAUGUAAUUUGUCAUCGACGUCGUCGAAUAUUUCCAAGACAGACCAAGGAGCGACAGACAUGUCAUACUGAAAUGCGUCAGGAUUAUAAUUUUUAAAACUUCUUGUUUUGACAUAAGUGACCUUAGGUCGAGAUGCUUUUAAACGCAGAUCGGCAAAGAUGAUAUCGUGGUCACUUAUUGAGCAGUCUAUUACACCAGCUUUAAUUACCUGUUUAGUCAGCUUUAAUGACUUCUAUGGUUUCUAUAGAUUGCAUUCCUUUACGUUUUACAGUCAGUUAUCGAGCAGAUUAAAGAUUUUUGGUUUAAAAAAUUACAGGCAUCGUGUGGUUGGAGGUUAAAUUAUGCAAAUUAUUACCCGCGGUAUAACUUUGCAGGAAAAUCUAAUUCGACAUUUUCCAGCAAAAUAAAUCGCUUCGAUGGGACUAUUUAACAAUUAAUGAAUGAGGCUGAGUGUCUUAUGAAGAAUUAUGUAGAUCGAGGAGGGUGUUAUCCGUCGAGGCCGUAGGCCGAGGCGGAUAACACCCGCCGAGAUCUCCAUAAUUCUUCAGAUAAUACGAAAGCCGAAUUCAAUAAUUGUUUUAUUAUUCAUUCAAAAUAAUUCCUAGUUUAAAAACAAAGCUAAAGCAUGCUUACCUCCAUCGAUGUUAAGUUCACCUUCGAUAGUGCACUUUAGGGUUGUUCAGCUCCGCAAAUAUUCUCCAAAUAGCAGAUGUCGCCCUUCGAGUUGUGUUCUUGCCAUGUUUUUAGCUAUAAUUUCGCCUAGUUCUUACUCUUUAACCGAGUGAAAUGUCCGCCAUUUUUUGUUUUCACAACCAAAACAACUCAACCUCGUCCCCAGGUCUCCCCGGUUAAUGGUACAUUAACCUGCAAGAACGCUGCAUUUUUGACGUCAUUUCCUAGUUAAACACAAAAUUCUUCCAAAUUUGGUCAUCAGUAGCUGGUUAUGGUGAAUUAUGCGUAUGCUUUUAGCCAAUCAGAAUCGGGGAAAUAUUUUGGAUGAAUAAUAGUAAUAGAUAACUGACAUAUUAUGUACCAUUAACAAAGCAAUAAAUACGAGAAACAUUCAAGUCAAGUCACACAAGUCACGGUUCGUUAAGCUUGCGUGGCAGGCGUUCGAAACGAAAGGGGAGGGGAUUUAAAGCCUCACGCUCACUCGCGCUCCCAAAUUCCCCCUUCCCCUUCCCCUUUUAACGCCUGCCACGCAGGCUACAGUUCGUUUAGGUCUCAUCCGCGAUAUAGUAAUGCAUGUCGUCGCAUUCAAAUCCCUUCCCUCAUCUUCAGUGCAUAUCUACAAAGUUUCCUUUCACGCUGACACCCUGCCAAAUUACUGCAGCUGCUUAUGAUGGGCAGAAACAUAUUUUUCCUUACCGUGCAUGCAAAUGUUACUCUGUUGGAUUCUCUUACAUGUCCAACACACUGUCUUCAAGGUACAAGCGCAGCGUUGAUUUUGUAAUUCUUUCCCCUACAACAUAAAUAUUAGAAUCUUCAUGAAUUUGUGUAAGUUUCAUUAAGCAUAAAAUCAGAAAAACAGUGUGCCCAAUCCUAUGUAGAUUUAGAAAGAAAGUGCCAUUUGAUCUGUUCGGUUGGACAGCUUGCUGAUCAAAAAGUUUCAAAGCCGACUUGUCUUCCUGAAUUUGUAUGAAGGCCUUGCUCCAAAACAGAACAAGUCAACAAGCUAGGCGGAAUUGAAUUACACUACCACCGGACUCGACGAAACUGAAGUCUGGGUCAGAUUUUUGGAGACACUUUGGUGUUUCAUGUCAUACAAGGAGUGGGAGCCCCGCGAGACGCUUAUUUAAUCGCAACUUUGUGGGAUUAUUUGACGGAAGGGGCCAGUCACACUAUACGGUUUACGCUUUAAUCGUCUUAUGCUUGGUAUCUACUGUAUGGCUGUGAGCCGGUCCUGUAAGGGGAAGCGGGUUUUGCCAAAUUCCUGGCACAAGAGAUUGCGGCACAUAAACAAUUUGCGCAAAAGGAGACUGGGCACUAUUAUGCUUCCGUCGCUUGCAAAGCGACUUGCAAAGCACAUGUUUCUUAUGACAUUGCACCAAAGUCGUUCCUCAAUAACCUACAAGCUUUAUUCUUAAUGUCAAUUUAGGGAGCCUGAAACAAUUCUGAAAUUCUUACAGCUUUUUUUAGUUAAGCUCAUUUCAAUUCUGCUUAAUUAUAAAGUAAAGGAUGAUUUUUUAUAAUGAAAUUAAAUUACUACGGGACGUUCGUGGGAAAGCCACGAAUAAGUAAAUUUCUUUGAAAAAAAAAAAAGAAAAACACCCGGCUGUUAUUAUGCUUAAUAAAGCUUACGUAAAUUCUUUUUGUCUUUUACCAUGCAUGAAAUGGAAGUGCCGCCAAAAAAUUCUGACUCGGAUUCAUUUUUGUCGUCUCCUUCAGGACCUUCAGCUGCAAUACUUGCAAAAUGUCCGGUAAUAUCUCUAGUACACUUAUUAACGGUGGAAAUUUUGUUAACAAUAAUUUCACCUUGUUCUUUAUGGAAGCAAGGCAUCUUCAGGAAUUCAGCAAAGAUUGAAGCUCCGGGGGUUCUUAGCAAAGUUUACGACGGGGACGCUCUGCCCCGAGGUCCAACCCCUUACCCUUUUAUAUACCAUUUUAUGACAGAGAAGGUCCCCCUUCGUAUACCUUCUGUUGGCAAUGGUACCCGUCUUACAGGCCUAGUUUAGAAAUUUGCAUCCCUCUUAACUGUUGUAAAUGCACUGCCUUUAAAAUAGGAAUAAAUCACAAAACCAGACCGUUUACGCAGCUCUUUUCACAGCCAUGUAAUGCAUUUGUAAGCACUUUUUGGGCUUUUUUACCAACCGAAAUGACAGUUUCCCUAUCCUUUCAUAUACUUCAACAAGUGAAAUCCCAACCCUCUCAUAUACUUAAAGCCUGAAAAUGGUACCCCUUUCGGGUGGAGCCUCUCCGUAUAGGAGGCCAUUGUAGGGAGUACCCCCCGGGAUUCAAGUCGGCUUUGAAUUUGAUCAACAAUAUGUCAUGAUAUGUCCAAUUCAAACAGGUUAAAUAGCAUUUUCAGAAGGGUUCAAGUCUAAAUAAAAUGGUGUUCACUGUUUUUCUGACAUUAUACUUAAUAAGACUUUUGUGAGUUCUUAAAGAUUUUAAUAUUCGCACAGUAGAGAAAAGAAGUACUGUAUUAUAAAAUAAUGGUGUCAAGGCCUGGGGGGUACUGCCAUAUAUGGUCUAUAUAGGUAUGUGCCCCUGUGAAGGGUAUGGUUUUCAAGCAGUUUACUCUGGGAUAGGGUAUAUAAAUCAGAGAGUUUAGGUCUAAAAGAGGGUAUCAUUUUCCAUUUAAACUGAUCGAUUGGCUGAAGAUUUUAGUCUAGACUAGGGAAACCGGGAAUUGCUACUCAAGAAUAUAAAAAAAUCAAAUCGGUUUUCUUUUGGCUGGACUGUGCUAGUGACCUCAGUGGUUUCUGGAAAACAGCUACUCUAGGAUAGGAGGAGAUUUGGGGAGUUUAGCCUAGUAUAGGGUAGGCUAAGGGUUCCAGGGUCCCAGCGACACAUCCCCACCCAAAAAUUCCUAAAGUACCCCCGGGUGUCAAGGGUAGCCCUUAGGACGUGACAAAUUGCGUGACUAAGAUACGUUACCUUGAACAGUCCCCUGGAAAAUUACAAGACAAUCAAACAGAACACCAUUUUCUACAUUUUCUUUCGCGGUGAAGACAGGGGCCCAUCAAAUGGAGCCUCCAUCUCCAUUAAUUUCUUGAGUCAACCCUUUCCCGAGUAGAUUUAUAAAUAGAACGGCUUGUUUCCCGCGAAAAGUGUCAUAUUUACGUGAGUCUCGUAUGUCACCGUGAAAAAAAUGAAGUUGGAUGAAGUCGAACUCAGAAGCCCGUCCUUCGACCGUUUUCCUUUUUUACUAUACGUCCAUUUUUACAGUUUUACAGCCGCUGGGAUCUGGGAUGAAAUAAAAGUUAAUGAAUUACCCGACUGAGACUAAGCAUGAAGCGAUGGGACAAAGGCAGCGAACUGAGGAUCACGGAAAGGUUCUUUGCGAGUGUUUGUUUUUGUUUUUUUUUUUUUGCCGUCAUACAUCCCACAUUUAAGCAUGCACCUUCAAAAGAGUCGACGAUUAAGCGUUCUGUGGACGAUUUGAAACUUUUCGAUGAUCAGCGCCGAAAAAGUGCCAGGAUCAUUUAUUUUUGUCAUCGCCGUGGACUGGAUUUCGCCAGUUAAGCACCACGUGCAAAAGCGAUGACCUGAUAGGCUCCUGGUGAAGAACAUUACGUCUUUUUAUAAGCAGUUGUAGUAAAUUGGCAGGUUGUCAAAGUGAAAGGAACUUAGAGGUGUGCAUUGAAGAUGGGAAGAUAAAAGAAGGAGUUUCAACGAAAAGACAUGACGAGCGACUAAAUACAGGAAUGGCUCCGACCUGUAAUUGGAGGAUAAAAAUAGUUAUUACCUAAUAAGUUAAAGCUUAACUUUCAGCCACUUGUCACACUGGACAACGAAUUAUCUGUAUAGAAUUUUUUAUCGUUCGUGUUUCAAGUCUUGUAUAAAAUGGGGUCUAUUUUUCGAACCGGGUGACCCUAUUUUCCCAGACAAUCACACACGUAAUGUUUUGCUCCCUUUUUUCAAUUUGUCCUCGCUGUUAUGAUAAAAAUGGGAAAAUUAUGUGGAGACUGUCGUCGAAAUUUAAUGGUUGUCUUACACAAAUUGAAAUUUGUAAAUGGUUGUGUCAUCUCUAGCCCAUCACAGUUUAUGUAAAAAGCGUCCGGAAAUAGCGCAAAGUAGAAUAUUUGCAAAACCUAACAAAGCCUAACGACUUUCAUGAAAAAUUAUAAAUGUACUGUUUUUUUUAAAUAGUUCUAAGAGGAAUGGGGAAUAAAAACGUUGUAGCCAUUUAGACGGCUAUACAAAAUUUUUUGACACAUCACCUGCCUGCCUAGUAAAAGCCUCUCACGAGAAGCAAGUAUUUCAUUGGUUUAAGUUGUUAAGGAGAGCGCAGUGACCUCAUUUGACUUUUAAACGGGAAAUGAGCAAUGAUAGACAAUUGCGCUAAUUGUGGAAUCCCCGCACAAAUUAUUUAUUUAAAUUACUACUCUACUACGACACAGCUAGUUUCUGAGAAGACGCUAUUGGAUGAAACUAAAACUAGCAAUUUUUGCUUCUUGAUUGUUUAUGUACGCGUUGUCUACAUUAAUCGCAAAGCGGUUAAAUGCAGGUUAAAUUAUCUUUAGAUUCAUAGCGCUAGUUAUCGUUUGCAACGCAAGCUGCAAAUUCAGAAAACAAAAGCAACAGGAAAAAAGUAGUAAACGGUGUGUGAGGACGCUGCACAGGCAAAACGACCGAGGUCAGUGGGUGUGAGUUAAAAUAGAUCACGUUGCUGAAAUUUAAACUGCUUACUUCUAUUUCUUUACUAUCACACAGGGGCAAUCAAAUGAGGCCUAAAAAACAAAAUUUUGUUUUGUUUCCUCUGUGGAAGUUCAUAAAACCGACCCAUGAUUUGCGUCACAUUAAAUAUGUGAAAAAUGCCGCAAAUGCUCUACAUAGUUUCCUUUGAAAUUUAGUUCAAAUUUUGUGACUACAACAUAUUUUCCUACACAAAAAUUUUAAAAUAGUCGUGUUUUACAAUUAAAAGCAAGAAUUUAUGUUCCCAGUUGUCUACAUUAGUCACAAAGCGUUUUUCGCAAGUCAACUGAUUGUCUUUAGAUUCUUAGCGCUGGUCAUCGUUUGCAACGCAAGCGCAAGUUUAGAAAACAAAAUCAAAGGGGAAAAAGGCCGGUCAACUGUGUGUGAGGACACUGCAUCAGUAAAACGACCAAGGUCAGUAAUUGUGAGUUCAAAUAUAUAUAUAUAUAUAUAUAUAUAUAUAUAUAUAUAUAUAUAUAUAUAUAUAUAUAUAUAUAUAUAUAUAUAUUGUGUAAAAAAAAAUGGUACCGUAAGAAAGCUGUUUUUUUACACUUAUAUUUAUUUGUAAAAGGACAGCUUUUUUACAAAAAUAUAUUUUGUAAAAAUUGCCUAACAAUUGCUGUCGUUGAUUCUUGCUGAAGAUUUUAUGCUAGAAAUGGAGUUAUAAUUUAUUUUUCCACUGCUAAGAGCAUUAAAGCAUUAUACCCGAGUAUUUUGUUGACAGUUAAACCGAUUAUUGCAGCUGAUAACCUUGCGAAAAUAGAUGAAAACAAUAACAACAAUAUUCUGAACAGUUUUCGGCUUGAACAAAAGUAGCAAUGAAGGAGAGAAUAGAAGGCUUUGGUUGCUGCAAGAGAUUGUGACAGGCAUUGCUUAUAAAUAAGACAGUGAAUAACCCAGCUAUUCUAUUAUUGCCUAACAUGCAGUUACUGCCGUGCGUGACUUCGGCCGAUAAGCAUAACAAAUAAAAUUACUGCCUGUUCCUUCUUCGCAUCCAACAAUUAGAAAGGUCCUGGAAAAUUGAAUGACACAGAAACAAGAAACAAGAAGAAAUAAUAAAAAUAAUAAAAAGUACGUAAAUUUCUACCGGCUAGUCACAGCACAGUGAGUAGUUUCAUCUGAUCGAAGUACUAACUACACACAAAGUAUGAGGGAAGGUUUCGUUUGACCAUUUCCAAUUUUGCUCAAUCCUUAGCGACAUUCGUUCUUAACUUACACAUAUUCAAAGCUUGGGCUCCCGGGAAAAUGAAACCCCACGUAAGUUCCGCGUCCACAUUUAGCAGUGAUACUUAAAACUUCAAACUUGUUUCCACUGGGCUUUGCCUUUAGAAAAUGGGAAGGGAAAGGCUAGGUUGGCUUAAACUCGCUCUGCCUGUCUUUCGCCUUCACAUUACUAAAAAGGGCCGAAGACGAAGACGGAGACAAGUUUAGAUGUUGUUUAACAAAACCACGUGUAAGUCUGUGAGUCGAAUAUUAUCCUAUCGGCUCAAUUGUGUCUGAAGAAUGUUACUUUACUGUGUGUGCAUGGUCAUGUAGGCAUAAUUACUUCUGACUAGGAGAAAAAAACACUUCGUCGCGGUGGUCCAGUGAUACUUCGUUCAACAAGCACAAAUAAAGCAACAAGUACUAUCAUCCCAGAAAGGAUUACAUACUGAUUUAAGACGGAAAUGUUCUAUUUUCUAUUCAAGUUUGUUAAAUGCAGCUUUCAUUCCUAAUAUUUGAUUCAAAGCUUUAUAGUCGAUAAUUGCAGUAAAUAUGGUCUGAUUUGCGCUAGUUUUCACUUGUUUAUUGAGACUGGCGAUAGCACGUCAUUUAACGUUUCUCGGAAGGUAUAACAUAACAUUCACUGGUCAUUUAAGUCCUUGAUUCAGUGAAUUUAUUGUAUGGCUACAAUAGUACGCGACCAGUGUCACAUGGAGGUUAAAGGCAUGUUUAUAGUGGAAAGGUGCUCUUAGCUAGUCAGCUAAUUUACAGGCACUCCACUCAAAUACUUAGAAACAAAUAAUUCAAAUACAACAUAACAUUUAAAAACCCCAACUGGCAGGAGGCAACCAGUUGGCUAUUUACAAGCGUGGCCGAGAAUUUGAACUCGGGACGACCGAGCACAAAUCCAGCAAGUGGCCAGAGCGGGACUCGAACCCAGGACCGCCGGAUAGCGAGUCCGACACGCUGACCACUCGGCCACGCUGCCUCCUAAGAUCAAUAACUUAUUAACCUCGUCCGUUCGGACAUUAUAAGGAAAUCUCAGACCUCGGCCUUGAUCUAUUGACCUCGCUAUCGCUUGUUCAGUACGAAUUCGUGUACUGAGAAAGUUUCACGUUGUAGUCCUGUCACAUCAACGGCCGGGCAAAGAAAUGUACAAAAAACUGUGCUCACCAGCAAAGUUAUUUUUGGCUAAUAAGAAAUAUUGUUUUUGUAAGUGUUUGUUUCUUUUUUUGCUAAUUUGUUUGUUUGAUUUUUCUAAUUGCCGUCGCCCGUUAGCAUUACACGAUUUUUUUUGUGUGUGUAGUAAAUUAUAAGUUAGUAUAAUAACGCUCAGAGCUUCGCUUUUAGCCCUGCUUGCUAAUUAACAAUUAUUCUUCGAGCCCGAAUGGGCUCUGAGUCAAUAGCCCAUGUGGCCGAAGGCUAUUGACUCAGAGGCCAUGAGGGCGAGAGGAAUAAUUGUUUUAGUAAAAUCCAACUAGUUGGUCAAAAAUAUCGAGACAAAACAACUUUAAUCCUUUUUUGCCGCCAAAAAGCCGGCGAUUUUCGCUACUGGUGGGCUAUCAUACAUAUAGCCUAGUAGUAGCUCAACCAAUCAGGAUGCAGCAUUGAUAAUAGACCACUAGUUGAAUUUUACUAAAUCUAUAUAUUACAAUUGUGAAAUAUGGACUAAAAUAAUAAUAUACUGUUAAGUAUAUUUGAACAUAAACUGUUUGCUAAAGCCUUCUGGGACGUAUCUGAAUACCUCAGUGAAACACUGGCUUACUUUUCAGAAAAAAUACUCUUUAAGGAAUGGACGUUAAUAUUAAUUCCGUUAAUUCGCCUAAAUUACUUUCCGGGAAUCAAAACUGCUGCUCAAUGUACAGAAAAAUGAAAAUCGCACAUUGUUGAUUAACCAAUAGCCGCACAAAAGGUGAAAGACUCCAACCAUUAAAAACAAAAAGAGCGAUAUACGUAGUAUAAUGUUUAUUGUACGAGGGUACUUUCGCUUUCCAGUGUGUUGUUCCGGUUUCCACAGUCGAUUAUUAAAAACCAGCUUAAGAGUCGUUUUCUGUGUAGCAAGAGGAACAGAAUGUUGUCUUCAUCUCGAGACCCUGAGGAAGAAACAGCUUCUAGCAGUGAAGCGCUUGAUGAAGUAAACAGACACAUCAAGAAAGUGUUUGAGAUUCUUGAGAGUGAAAAAGUAAAGCUUAGGAAGGAAAUGGAAGCUUUUGAUGCGGUGGCCAAGAAGCUGAAAAGCGUUCAUUUCUCCAAAAUGCUGAAACUGAAUGUCGGUGGUAAAGUAUUUGAUACCAGUUUGGAAACUAUGAAGAGUGAUCCAGGUAUGUAUUUGUUCAUUGCGUCGAUCACUAAAAGAUUUACCAUAAAAAUCAGGUGCCAAUUAACUGCAAGGCGUCUGAUUUCAAUUGUAUUCAGUGUAAAAUAUAGAUUUUCGCUUCUAUUCCCUAACUGAAGUGUUUGUUCGUUUAUACUCGAUAACAGGUUCAAUGUUGUACGCCAUGUUUUCCGGGCGAUUUGACUCCAAACCCGCUGAAGACGGAUGUUACUUCAUUGAUCGCGAUGGGACUCACUUCCGUCUUAUCCUAAACUACCUUCGCUCGGGGCAGCUUGUUCUUCCCGAAGAUAAGAUUCUUCGAAGAGAGUUGUUAACUGAAGCUGAGUUUUAUCAAAUUAAAGGAAUUAUUGAUGAAAUGAAGGUCUCCCCCUUUGAAAAUUCCUCCAUCCUGUCUGUGGAGCAUCGCCAAAUCUUGGCCAGCUGGUUGAAAGGCACCCUGACAAGCGCUUGUCACACCUACUCCCUGAUAUAUCGAGCCUCUCGUGAUGGCUGGGCUGCAUCCAACUUUCACUCUUGCUGCGACCGCAAAGGACCAACUGUUACCGUUAUUAAGUGUGGGAACUACAUAUUUGGAGGCUACACAGAGCAGUAUUGGGAAGGCAAGUUAUUUUUGGAAAAUAUUUUGCUUUUUUAUGAAGUUAUUUAGCAUUGUCUAAGUACCCAUUCGAUAUCUAUACCCAAGUGAUUUCUCGGAAUAAUCAGUAUGAGUUCUAAGUGGAUUUAUUGUUAUGAGACGCUCUAAAACACAGACAUUCGGGUUAAACCUUAAGAAUUCUCCUUGGUUUACGGGACAGUUAGGAAAGCGUUGUGCGUGCCUUGAUGGGCGCAAUAUACAAUAACGUUAGUUUUCGUUUCUAACGGAGAGACACGAAAGCGAUUCAUUCGACCAAAAAUAUUGACAUUUUUAAAAUUUGCUUCUUGAAAUUCGAUACGCAUACUGCACCACGAAACACGAAAAUUGGAAAAUUCCGGGGUUAACGUAAGGCAGUAUGGAAGGCGAAGAAAAUUCCCGGUCCUCCUUGAAAUUUGAAACCAAAUAGUUGGUAUGUUGCUGUUGAAGGGACCUUUGGAUCGCUUAAGAUCAAGUUCUUAAAGAGAGUGGGGGUAAUGAUUUCGUAGUUAUUCAGGUGCCAACAAUCCAUCUUCAUUCUAACUGCUACACCUGUCCACUCGAAGUUAUUUCUAAAAGUGUAACUAUAUCAUAAGUACUCUAACUGUGAACAGUAAUUUUCUCGAAAACUUCAUGUCUAAUACUGUUGCAUACAAUGUUUUCGUCAGCUCUUUCAAGUGGAACGUAUAAAAAAGCUCCAGCCUCCUUCCUGUUCAGUCUCGUCAAUCCGAAUGGCCUUGAACCUUCAAUGAUGUCUUUGAUACAAGGAAAAGAGGGUUCGGCCAUCCAUUGCUACAGUAGCUAUGGCCCUACAUUUGGGGAUGGUCCAGACCUCAGAAUUGUCAACGCCCCAAAUUCAAACAGCUGCAGUGCAAGUCUCAAUAACACGUACCAGCUACCGACAGGACAGAAUGCUGGCACCUUCUUGACAGGAAAUUCGAGUUUUACCUUAAGUGAAAUGGAGGUCUUUAGGUUUGAAAACAUCUACGCUUAG